UAUAAAAUUUCUAUUUUCAGAGAAGAAUGUUCUCAGUCAGAUCACGUAUUUUCUCCCGUCUAGCCACCCUGGGUGGGAAAGCCCUUGUAGAGUCAGCUCCUAAGGUCGCAGCUGUCCGACUCCUCCACUUUGUCAAUAGUAGUCAGGGUUUGUUAAUGAAACCCCAGCUGGAGCACCCAGCCUGGAGAGAUUUCAGAAUAGUUAGAUUCAGCUCAACCCUAACACAGUCUGAGAUAGAGAGCCGAGUUCUUGCUGUGUGCAAAGCUUUUGAUAAAAUCAGCGCUGAUAAGGUAACUUUGGCCGCACACUUUAUAAAUGACCUUGGUCUGGACAGUCUUGAUCAUGUGGAGGUCAUUAUGGCAAUUGAGGAUGAGUUUGGUUUUGAGAUCCCUGACGAGCACGCUGAGAAACUGAUCACUCCUGAGCAUAUUGUCAAAUAUGUUCUUGAUCAUGAGGAUGCUUAGAUCUACUCUUCAGAGAACUCGACACAAAUUUUACAUCCAGGGGUUUAGAUCAGAUAUCCAGAGGGGGUUAUAUCCACAUGAUAAGGGGUGUAACUCUUCACUCCAGAGAUAUUUAUUAUUCACUCAUGAUAGGGAGUUGUAUCCACUUGAUAGUAGGUUAUAUCCACAUAAGGGUUACACCCCACUGGCUAGUGGGUUUUAUCCACUAUGGAUUAUAUCUAUCUGGGUUUAUACCCACUUUCUAGUAAUUUUUUUUCAACUUUAAUCCAGUAUCCACUCUAAUGAAUCGGCUUAAAUUAAAUGUAUUCGGGGCAAUCUUGGGAUUAUGUAAAAUUAUGAUGAUUUUUGCACUUGGAUCAUUCUUUAAAGAAAUAACUCCUUCUCCGUUUGAAAAUGUACGGUAUUGUAGUCUACAGAUGGUUUGUUGUGUUAGAAUAGAAAUAAAAAAUAUAAACAAAUUUUAUUUCA